AUGUGCAGCUGGGCACGCCGCGGCAACUCAUAUGAGGCGUCUGACGUGCAGGCGGCCCUGGACUACUACAGCGGCGGCGCGGGCGACAUGCCCUACGAGGCCGACUUUGCCGUGAACCGCUUUGGCACCGAGGACGCCGCCUUCUUCGACGACAUCGACAACAACGAGGGCUACGCCGCCAGCGAGUACCUCUCCGUCGGUAUCGAGGAGGCGGCCCCCAAGACCAAGCAGCGCGGCGCGCGCGACGAGGACGAGGCUUUCGAGGAGGCGGUGGAGGAGUUUGACCAGGAGCGCGCCGCCAGCGCCGCGUUUGAGGGCGUGGAGGUGCUGGAUGAGGACCUGCUGGACGACGUCGACGCCGCGGACGCACCCUGGUCCUGGGACGCGGGCGUCGCCGCCGCCGCGCCAGCCGCCGCGGCGGGCGCUGGGGGCGACGCUGAGGAGGACUCCAUCCUGGCCCAGCUGGCUGCGAUCGACUUUGAGGCCCUGAAGGACGAGGACGUGGAGCAGCGCGAGCUGGCCAGCAUGGUGGUUGACGCUCUGGGUGAUGACCUGGACCUGGUGGCGCUGGCCGACAGCGAGGGCGAGGUGGCCGCGGGCCAGGAGCUCAGCCAGGCCGAGGAGGCCCAGGUGGACGAGGUGCUGGCGCUGGACGCCGCCGAGCCCACCCCCGAGCUGGACCCGGCCGUCGCCGCCGCCCUGGCGGAGCUGGAGGGCGAGGAGCAGGCCGCGGCUGACGCGCCGCUGCCGGCCGCUGACGUGGAGGCCUACCUGGCCGCGCUGCGCGCCAUCGACCCCGCGACCGCCGGCGGCAGCGCGGCCGCGCUCGGCGAGGACGUGCGCAAGGAGGCGGUCACCGUGCCCGAGGGCGAGGCGGCGCCGCUGCCCGACCUGUCGUACCCCGAGCUGCCCGCGGACGUGCUGGCCUCCGACGCGUCGCUGUUCCAGUCGGCGCUGGCUGCCGGCGACGACGCCGAGACUGACGCGGUGCUGGCGGCGUUCAGCGCUGAGCUGGCGGAGCUGGAGGCCAUCCAGGUGGCCGACUACAACAACCCCCUGGGCAGUGCCGCCAUGUUCCCCGAGGAGGCUGACCUGGAGACCUACGAGUCCAUCCUGGACGCCACCGCGGAGUACAUGGCCGCCACCGGGGACGAGACCACUGGCGAGCUGUUUGAGGACGGCGCCGACGACGACGCGGCCAUCAACCCCUACGACGACCUGGACGCGUCACUGGUGGCGCGCGGCCCCCUGGUGGAGCUGGAGGAGGACGACAGCAACUUCCAGGAGCGCAUCCUGGAGCUGACGCGCGUGACCAAGGUGGUCAAGGGCGGCAAGAUCAUGGGCUUCAGGGCCGUGGUCGUGGUGGGCGAUGGCGCGGGCCGCGUGGGCGUGGGCUGCCAGUCCGGCCGCGAGGUGCAGACCGCCGUCAAGCGCAGCCUCGUGGACGCGAAGAAGAACCUCGUGCGCGUGCCGCUGGUGGGCGCCGGCACGCUGCCGCACAAGACCGAGGCCUGCGCUGCGAGCUUCUUGUCAGCGCCGCCGGGCGGCGCAGGCGCCGAUGUGGUAUCGUUCAACUGGGCCGAUAAGGGGCACAGGGCGACGACGGUGGCGGCAAUGGAGACACUUGUGGCGGCCAUGGCUGAGGACCCCGUCAACGCUUUCUUUCUGGGGGGCCGGCGGCAGGAGAAGUUUGCGCGCAAGGAGAUCAAGGGGUAUCUGAAGGCUCUGCCCAGGGCAGCCCACUUCAUCGCGACACGCGACGCCGCCGCGGUGGCGCUAUGGCAGCUGCUGCCUGAGGAGACACCGCGCAACGAGCUCCUGGCCGGCUGGACCAGGAUCUUCCGCGUUCCGCUGCGCCUGUGGCCGGCGCUGAUCGCGCUGGAGCUGCGCUACGAGGCAGCCCACGCGCGCGAGGCCGCCACCGCCCCCAGCGGCGCCUACUACUACCUCUCGUUCAUCGGCACCGCGCCCGCCGCGCGCGGCAAGGGCUACGCGUCGGUCCUAAUGCGCUGCAUCACGGCGCGCGCCGACGCAGAGGGGCGCAUGUGCCUGCUGGAGGCGACCAGCGAGAAGAGCCGGGGGCUGUACGAGCGCCACGGGUUUGCCGCCUACGAGGCGUACAGGGUGACACCCCAGGCGCCCCCGGUGUUUUUCAUGCGCCGAGACCCGCGAGCAGCAGCACCCGCCGCAGCCGGCGUGCAUGCGACCGCGGUGGGGGCGGCGCCAGGCACUGCGGGAGACGCCCUCGCCGCGGGUGAGGCGGGCAAGCUGGCGGCGGCGGUCGCCGCCAAGACGGCGGCUGCGGCGGGAUCCGAGAGCGGCGGCGGCGAGGGCAAGGACGGCGGGUUGAUCGCCGCUGUGGUGGUGGUGGUGACGGCUGGAGAGGGGGAGCAGGCUGGCAGAGACCGGGCGGCCAGCGUCGCCAGCAGCGGCAGCAGGAGCAGCGCAGAGAGCAGUAGCAGCAACAGCAGCGGCGGCACGCGGGCCGAUCAAGACGCGCACGCAGAGCAGCCUGCAAGGACCGAGGCGGCGCCCUCACCAUAG